AUGUUCCAUAUUAAUUGUGUCGUUUUAACCUUAUUAACAGUGUUUUUAUGGCAAAGUAAUGGGAUAAAUGCCAAAUCAUCUUUGAAUAUAGAUGUUAACGAAAUAGAGUGUGAUAUAUGUAUGGGAGUAUAUAAAGAAAAUGCUUAUAGAAAAACUAUGUUCAUUACCCGGGAUUAUGACAAGAAGAUGUAUUCAUUGGGGAUAUCAUCAAGCAGACGAAAUAGUCUUUCAUUUCAUAAAACAAAGUUCAUCGAAACCAUGCAAGUAUCUUUCACUGUGUCCAAGGAAUAUUUCUCAAAGGUUAACGGGUUGAGUACAAAAGGAUGA